GCUGGCCACUGGGGCUGGCGGUGCUCAACUGCCUUCUUGUGCUUGCUUUUAAUGCUGCGUGGAAGAUGAGGAGCGGGAAGGCCUCCUGUGCCCUGGAGACCGUCUGGGAGGACAAGCGGAAGUGUGGGGAGGCUGAGCAGCGCUUCCACGAGCAGGAGGCCACGCGAGCCGCCGCCCAGCAGCUCCUGGCCCAGGCGCCAGCUGUGAACGGGCCGGGUCAGGAGGACGUGGAAGAGGUGGACGAGGCUGGGGCUCCCGACAGCUGCAGGGGCGGUCCUGGGAAGAGCUGUAACGUGAGGCAGCCCCUGCAGAAGAAGAGGAAACGAUCCCCGAAGAGCUGGCUCCGGGGGGCAGACCUGGCCCUCGUGGGCCUCUCGGCUGACCACGUCUGGCUGGACAAGCCCCUUUUCGAUCAGGCGGAGAGCUCCUACCGCCAGAGGCUGGCAGAUGUAGCCGCCCAGGCAGCCCGGCCACCGGCUCCAGGUCCCGGGAGUCCUUGCAGCCACGGGAGCCAGGUGGCCUGCCACCAUGUGACCUGGGGCAUCUGGAUCAACAAGUCUGCCUUUGACCAGGCUGAACGGGCGUUUGUGGAGUGGUCUCAGGCUCUGCUGUGGGCCGCAGAGGGCAGCCGCAGGCGGGGGGCUGCUGACACGGGCCGGCGGGCUCCCACCCUGGACCUGGCUCUCAGCCGCCAGCCCAGGCCCCCAGCUAACGGCCAGCCCCCACUGGGCAGUCUGCGGGCACUGGUGCGGGAGGUGUGGCUGGAGAAGCCCCUGUACGACGCAGCCGAGAGGGGCUUCUACGAGGCCCUGUUUGACGGCCACCCCCCGGGGAAGGUGCGGGUGCAGGAGCGAGCCCUCCGGGCUGAGACUGCUCGGCAGGGCCGGAGAGACCGGCGGUGCCGCAACAGCGUGGGGAGCAGGCGCGUCGGGCUGAGACGGGCUGAAGGGGAGGUGCUGCCGUCCGCCCUGCCCUACUGGUACUUCCUGCACAGGGACGCAGAGGCCCCCUGGCUCAGCAAGCCCGCCUACGACAGUGCAGAGGGCCGCCACCAUGCCGCUGAGGCCCUGCGCAUGGCCUGGCGCCUCGAAGCCACAUCCCUGGCUCACCGACCCGGCGCCCGGUCUGGCCCAUCCGUGUCCAGUCUGAGACCCAACAGGAAAAUGGCCACAAACUUCCUAGUGCAUGAGAAGAUCUGGUUCGACAAGUUCAGAUACGAUGACGCAGAACGGAAAUUCUACGAGCAGAUGAACGGGCCUGUGGCCGGCGCCUCCUGCCAGGAGAACGGCGCAAGCGUGAUCCUCCGGGACAUUGCGAGAGCCAGAGAGAACAUCCAGAAGUCCCUGGCUGGAAGCUCAGGCCCUGGGGCCUCCAGUGGGGCCGGCGGAGACCACAGCGAACUGCUCGUCCGCAUCGCCAGCCUGGAGGUGGAGAACCAGAGCUUGAGAGGCGUGGUGCGGGACCUGCAGCAGGCCAUCUCCAAGCUGGAGGCCCGACUGAGUGUGCUGGAGAAGAGUGCGCCCGCCCACCGGGCCACAGCCCCCCAGACCCAGCACGUGUCCCCCAUGCGCCAAGUGGAGCCCCCCUCCAAGAAGGCGGCACCCCCUGCAGAGGAGGACGAAGACGACGACAUCGACCUGUUUGGCAGUGACGAGGAGGAGGACAAGGAGGCCGUCAGGCUGCGGGAGGAGCGGCUACGGCAGUAUGCGGAGAAGAAGGCCAAGAAGCCUGCGCUGGUGGCCAAGUCCUCCAUCCUCCUGGACGUGAAGCCUUGGGAUGACGAGACAGACAUGGCCCAGCUGGAGGCCUGCGUGCGCUCCAUCCAGCUGAACGGGCUGACCUGGGGGGGCUCCAAGCUGGUGCCAGUGGGCUAUGGCAUCCGAAAGCUGCAGAUCCAGUGCGUGGUGGAGGAUGACAAGGUGGGCACUGACCUGCUGGAGGAGGAGAUCACCAAGUUCGAGGAGCACGUGCAGAGCGUCGACAUUGCUGCCUUCAACAAGAUCUGAGCUCUACUGCCGGGUCUGCGCGAGCCCCUGCCGCUAUUAAAGACUGAGACUGUGC